AACCAGUGCCCGCAUAUAAUAAGUUCAGACACAAUGGCCGUCGUCACACAAACACUCCCUCUUGAAACUAUACUCCCAUGACCUCUGACUUCGCUCUUAAAGCUGGCAGAAAGCUCUUUGAGCGCAAUCUCGAGCAGUAUCAACCCGUAGAUCCGUUGUAUGAGACUUAUACAGACAAGAAGGGAAAAGAAAGAAGGAGAAAGCGAGAAUUACCUCCAGGUCUCUCUGCUCGUGAUGCCAAGAUCUUGAAGUCAGUGAAGCGGCGUGCUCACUACCUUGACAAAGGCUUCCGUAUCUGUGGCCUACGCUUCGGAUGGACGUUCAUCAUUGGAAUGAUACCUGGCGCCGGUGACGCCGCCGAUGCAGCGCUGAACUACUUCCUUGUCGUUCGCAAAGCCCGCAAAGCAGAGCUCCCAUCAUGGCUCGUGCGCAAGAUGCUUUUCAACAACGCCGUCUCACUAGCAGUCGGCUUGGUUCCGCUGGCCGGAGACAUCAUCCUUGCCGUAUUCAAAGCCAACUCUCGUAACGCCGCACUCCUCGAAGAAUUCCUCCGCGUUCGAGGUGAAGAGUUCCUCAAGCAGGAAAGUGAACGCAUGGAGAAUCCUCAGAAUGUCAAGCCUGGAGCUGGGACUGAACCUGGAGAACAUAUUCCGCGCAAGGACGAGAAAGGUGGCUGGUUCAAGUUCAAACGAAGCAAAGGCAAAGGGAAGGAAGUCUCGUCAAAGAAGAUGACACCGUCUCCUACGGGUUCGCCGCCGGAGGAGGGGAGGAGGAGUGAGAGUAGGUUCGUCGAGGACGUUCCUUCUUCAAGGAGUUCUCCGAAGAAAAGAUGAACAAGCAAUGACGUUGGAUCGGGCACGCUUGUCAGCCCGUACACUCUCUUGUAUUAUUCCUUGAUCUGUGAUCUGACUGUGAUACCUUGAUUUUAUCGUACUUUCUCUGCUUCAUGUUACCUCUAUACCCUGCAGUAGUAAUCACUUAGAAUAUACACGGGACACUGUAUCUUUACUCGUAUCUCUUUGGAAUCGGCGUAGCCUUCGAGCUACCUCUUUGCAUUAUAGUGAGUGUCUUGGCUCUUUUGC